AUGGCAACCUCAGUUGAUGGGAUUGAAACUGUGGGUGAAGUUGCUGGGACCACACCCUACGACUAUGAGGGGGCACUGCCAUGCGAGAAAAGCAAUGUCAAGGAGCUGGCGGCCCAGUUCCUGCCGCCACUGUACUCCCUGGUGUUCAUGAUUGGUCUGCUGGGCAAUGUAGUGGUGGUGGUGAUCCUCACAAAAUACAAGAGGCUCCGUAUUAUGACCAACAUCUACCUGCUCAACUUGGCCAUUUCUGAUGUGCUCUUCCUAGUCACGCUGCCAUUCUGGAUUCACUAUGUUAGGUGGAAAGAGUGGGUUUUUGGCCACCACAUGUGUAAGUUGCUCUCCGGGCUCUAUUACAUGGGCUUGUACAGCGAGAUCUUCUUCAUCAUCCUCUUGACCAUAGACCGGUAUCUGGCCAUCGUCCACGCCGUGUUUGCCCUUCGAGCCCGGACAGUCACUUUUGGUAUCGUUACCAGCAUCUUCACCUGGGGCCUGGCAGGGCUAGCAGCCCUCCCUGAAUUUUUCUUUCAUGAGACCCAAGAGGAGGCUGGACUGACUAUCUGCAGUCCUCUUUACCCAGAGAAUAAUGUAAAUGCCUGGAAGCAAUUCCAUGCUCUGAGAAUGAAUAUCCUGGGUCUCGCUCUGCCUCUGCUCGUUAUGGCCAUCUGCUAUUCAGGAAUUAUUAAGACACUGCUGAGAUGCCCCAGCAGAAAAAAAUACAAAGCCAUUCGACUCAUUUUUGUCAUUAUGGUGGUCUUCUUUAUUUUCUGGACACCCUACAAUCUGAUUGUCCUACUCCUUGCUUUUCAAAUGCACUUGGAGACCGAUUGUGAGCAGAGCAGACAGCUGGACCUGGCCAUGCUGGUGACCGAGGUGAUCGCCUACACGCACUGCUGUGUCAACCCCGUGAUCUAUGCCUUCGUUGGUGAGAGGUUCCGGAAGCACCUCCGCCACUUUUUCCACAGACAUGUGGCCAUCUACCUGGGCAAAUUCAUGCCAUUUCUUCCUAGUGAAAAAUUGGAAAGAGCCAGCUCUGUCUCCCCAUCAACAGGGGAGCAGGAACUCUCUGCUGUAUUUUAG